GCACACCCCGGUUUAAAUGGCACAACGUGGGCGGUGCAUCGACGACAUGAUCUGAAGCACCGAGCGCAGCCGGCACUCACAAACCGGAUAGAAAGCGGUGGAACACGAUGGUGUAGCCGGCAGUACAGAAAAACGCAUGCAAAGGGAGUUUUUGGUCCGGGGCCAGCCGUGAAGGGCACCGUGGUUUCUGUGUGAUGGUGCGUUUGUCUCUCCAAAGCUGGAUUCUGUUUCCUGUCCUGUAACACACCCUGAAGAAGCGACUUAAAUUCAAGAAAAACUGACAUGAAAAGAAGUAAGCUGCUCACCUGUAAAGGAAUUAUCUGAAUGGAUCAUCUAUGCUGCUCAUUUGGAGACCUGAUUGGUUUCUUUCUGACCACGCGCCUCUCUCUGUUGACAGAAGUGACAUUUCAACAGAAGCAGCAUCACAUUCAGUGCACACUUCGUGCUACUUUCACAAUUGACUGAGGGGAUAGUGAAGAAACAUUGUUUUUAAAGUGACAAGAAGACAUUUAACGUCCCACAUGAACAUUAUGUGAAAAAUACAGGAGUGGAAAUGCGUCGCAAAUGCUUCGGUCUGCUUGAGGUGUGUGCCAUCAUGAGCCUGCUGCCUUCAGGCUCCUUGGAGAAACUGACAUGUGAAUCUUUGCUCAUGCUGUCAGGAAAUGUCUCAUUACAGUCCCUGGGCGCCUCCUGGAACCAAACCCUGAGCAACGCCACAAGCCAGUGGAGCGGCUCGGGGCCCUCCUGUGACACCUCCAUCGAUGGCAUCGGCACCUGCUGGCCCCGAAGCAGCGCGGGCCAGAUGGUGUCACGACCCUGCCCUUCGAUUUUCUACGGUGUCAGAUACAACACCACCAAUAAUGUCUAUAGGAAAUGUCUUGCAAAUGGGACAUGGGCACUGAAGGGGAACUACUCCAUGUGUAAGGCAAUACUUCACGAGGAGAAAAAAGGCAAGAUGCACUACCAGAUAGCUGUGAUCAUCAACUUCCUAGGUCACUGCAUCUCCAUGGUGGCUCUGCUGGUAGCCUUCUUCCUCUUCUUGUGUCUGAGGAGCAUCCGCUGCCUGAGGAACAUCAUCCACUGGAACCUCAUCACCGCCUUCAUCCUGAGAAACGCGACAUGGUUUAUCGUCCAAAUGACUAUGAGUCCCGCAGUACACGAAAGUAACGUGAUUUGGUGCCGCCUCGUCACAGCCUCCUUCAACUAUUUCCACUCCACCAACUUCUUCUGGAUGUUUGGCGAGGGCUGCUAUCUCCACACCGCCAUUGUCCUCACCUACUCCACCGACAAGCUGCGCAAGUGGAUGUUCAUCUGCAUUGGCUGGUGUAUACCAUUCCCUAUAAUUGUGGCAUGGGCGAUUGGGAAGCUGUACUACGACAAUGAAAAGUGCUGGUUUGGAAAGCAAGCUGGUGUUUACACAGACUACAUCUACCAAGGUCCCAUGAUCCUCGUCUUAGUGAUCAACUUCAUUUUCCUUUUCAACAUCGUGAGAAUCCUGAUGACCAAACUGCGGGCCUCCACCACAUCAGAGACAAUCCAAUACAGGAAAGCUGUGAAGGCUACGCUGGUACUUCUUCCUCUCCUGGGAAUCACCUAUAUGCUGUUCUUUGUCAACCCGGGGGAAGAUGAGAUCUCUCAAAUCGUCUUUAUAUAUUUCAACUCUGUUUUGGAGUCCUUCCAGGGCUUCUUUGUGUCUGUGUUUUACUGCUUCCUAAACAGCGAGGUGCGGUCGGCUGUGAGAAAGCGGUUCCACCGAUGGCAGGAGCAGCACUCCAUCCGGGCCCGGAUGACCCAGGCCAUGUCCAUCCCCACCUCUCCUUCACGGGUCAGCUUUCACAGCAUUAAGCAGUCCACGUCACUAUGAGACAGAAGGCCGGCGCCAACCUGGAUACAGUUUUUUGAGCUGUCGUCAUCGUUUUUCUGCCACAUCACUGGACUACACUGAACCACUUUGUAAGCUGGGGCAGGGCCACAGAGAGGGACUGCAUCAGUCCCCUAAACCUCCAGAGAGACAUUACACAGUCGUGAAAAUGGAUGAGGAAGGAGAAAAAGGACACUGCAGACUUUGGAAAAACAAGAGGUUAGUGGAUCAAGUGAUGCACGUGACCAGGCUGGGGGACUUUGAAUCAGGGUGUGAAUGUACAGCACUCCAUAUUCUUCAAUGUUUGCCUGCCAUAGAAAGUCUCUGUUGUAUUCCUGCUUGCAUACUUUUAUUUAUUUGUUUUGCUAUCUGUGAAAACUCAGAGCUUUGGCCGCUUGGACUGCACUGAACUGGAUUCCACCGCUGCGGACACUGGACUUAAACUAAGUUAUUAAAAUGAAUUUAUUUUCAGUUAUUUUUAUUCUGUUGUCACAGACAAUUGUCUGAUCAUGGUGUUUGUUGAUUUGGUGUUGUGCUAUCUUCCUCUGUUCAGUGCAUUCAUGCUCUUUUUAUAAUUUUUCCAGAAAGUUGAACGCAUUCCAUCAUUUUAUACCUGAAGAGUUUUGUUCUAAAGUAAUACAUCGAUCAUGAAGAAAAACCAGAGGCAGUAGGCGAUUAGCCUAGCUUAGUAUAAAGACUUGAAUCAGGGGGAACCAGGGGUCUUACUCCAAUGUACAAAAAUCAUGGUGGAGUACAAUUACUCAAGUACUGUGUUUCAGGUACUUGCAAACAAAAUAUUAUGAAGAGUUUAUAAAGUAUGAUGUUAUAUUAAGUUAAACAGGUUAUAGUAUUUUUAUUUAUAUAUUUAAGUACAAAUAAGGACUUGAUUGAUAGAAAAAUUAAUCAGCAAGUAUUUUAAUUAUUGUAUUUAAAAGUUUUAUGGUUCAAUAAUAGUAAUACACUAAGUUGAAAUUACCUCAACUUCCAUCAAUACAACAGUAAUAUCCUGCUUUUGCAUGAAUGGAUACAUCAUAAUACUCUAAUGAUUUAAUAGUAUUCUUUCACAGGGAAAAUUGCUAUACUUUUAUUACAUAGUCUACAUUUUCCUGAUUAUUCUUACAUACUGAAUUAAAACACAUUAACUAUGUAAUAUCAGUAAUGUUUCUGAAGUGAAGGACUUGAAUACUUUGUAUGUUGCAAUUGAAAGCUAAUAAAAAAGCUAGUAACUAGAUUUUGAGUGUCAAAUUUCUUUCCAUAAGGUCAAGAAUGGACUUUGAAAGAUCUUUUUGGAACAAAACUCUUCAGCUGAAUAAAGAGACUUAUUAUUGUUUCCUCUCUACCAGCAAACCAGUGACUAUACCGUUUAUUUUACCAUGAAGGAGUUUAUUCUUGUAUCUCAUCAAAUGACUUUCCACGGUGGUGGUUUGACUUGAAACAUUAUGGGAGCAAGCUUCGCAGUAACUCUGUUUACCAAUUUAUUGUAAAUAUAUAAAUAUAAUAUAAACAGGGGGUUUAAGUCACAAAUAUAAACCAAAACACAAACCACACACUGUGAAUCAUAUGGGCACAUCAUCCAUGUGAUCAGCAAGUCACAGUCCACAUUCCUACUAUACCAGUAUGCCUAGCACCUGUGCAUUUUUAUCUACUGCUGUUUAUGUCAAAUUGUAUUUGAACAUCAUCAUUUUGUUCUAAAAUCAAUUUAUGUUUUCCCUCUCAAUUUAUGUGAAUACCAAAUUAGGGCCAUUGUAGAUUUGUGUCAUUGUAGAGCCAUUGGAUUGGGGUAUUAGUGAAAGAAAAAAGUGUACAAUUGCCACAAUCAUAAAAUUUGCACGAAAAAAAUCCUUAAAAUCUUUGGGAUUGAAGUCACAAAUUUUCAACAAAAUAAAAAUUCUGAAAUUUUACCCUGUAUAUUACAUUCCAUUUUUAUAAAGACAGUAGUCCAGCUAAGUUGUUUAUAUUUGAAUUACAUUGUCCAAAAUUGUACCCAUCUUCCUACAAGGGAUUUUUUUUUUUGUAUUUGAUAUUUUAUUGACCUUUUUUUUUUUUAAAUGUCUUUCUUCUCCUUUAUUAUCGCAACUUUCAUGAAACCCACCUCUCAAGGCUCCAUAAUGAAAUGUUUGCUAGUAACCUACGAUGGCACUAAUACCCAAUAGAAGUGUGAGCUCUGGUUGUGAUGAAAUGUCAAAAAUGUUUAAGGUAACAGGAAUUCACAUGCCGCUGUGAUGUGUCUUUUUCUAGUAUUGAUCAGCUGAGCAGUAAAACUGCAUCAUGAGUAAUUGGAUGUACAGUGUAUGGGGGUAACAUAAUGCAAGAUUACACUAUGGUUGAACUGUUUUUAAUUAAGCUGUCAUAUUUUCUUUCCAUAAUGUCUAUUUUAACUGAGAUAAUAACCGUAUAAUGCAGACACUAAAUGUAUUACUGACAUUUGAAAUAGUUUUUGCCCCGAAAGAAACCGAAUGAACAUUUUUGUACUUAUAUUUUAAUCAAUUUCCCUACAGUGUGGCAUGAUGGGGGAAUACCUUAUUCUUUUUCUCCAAAGUUAUCUCAUGGGAAGGUGUUUAAUUAUCAUGCUGCUUCAAAGGGCAUUUUGAUGUCAUUUCACGCAAUUUAAAGCUUUUAGCGCGUCAUUUUGAGCCCCAUUCUCAGUCCCAGCUCAUCUCAUAUGGACACAUAUCGGCAGUUUUAAACACUGCUGUUAAUUCAAAGAAAACUACAUGGUUAUGUUGAAGCAACAUAACUAAUUGGUCAGGUUAAGAAAAAAUCAUGGUUUGUGUGAAAAAUGUUGUAUGUUACGUAAAUGAAGUUAUUCAUAAGUAAGGUGAGUAGUCAUUGGUAUUAAUUCAAUGGUUGAUUUGGGGUUUUGCAUAAGAAAUGUCUCCUGAGAAGAUCCUGCAGUUUGACCCAUCCCUCCUCUCUAUGCAGACUUUCAUGUCGCCUUACUCAUGGAGAAGUUGCCUCAAAAACUGACUCGCCAUGAAAUGACAUGUGAAAAGCAGAAAUGCACAGGAAUAACAGGCUAAAUCACUCAAGAAAUUGGCAUGCGUUAAAGAACCAAUGAUCAUUACUUAACCCCUACGUUGCAAUUCAGCUCUCAAAAACGCAAAGUAUUUUUCUUUGGGCCCUCUACAGUCCAUUGAGUACUUAGAUUGAAGAGGUUUAAACUAGGGUUUGUGAGAACAGUAUGCUCAGAGGAUGUUCCUGAUCCAGUUCCAAUUGUGUUAAUGCUAACCUUUUAUUUCUGCUGCAGAGUUUCACAAAGAGCUUGCUUAAGCAACAUAUUUGCUGUUUGUACGAGCUUUCAUGUGCACUUGACACUGAAAGCUGUUGCUCUCUAAACCUGCAAACAUAUGCUGAUGCUUUGUGCACAGUUUAUUUUACCAAUAACUAUUGAUUUGCUCUGUUCUUAUUGGAGUGAUGCCCAGAGGGAUUCUUCUGCAAUUUCAAUCGUGUAUCUGGUUCAAUCAUCUACAGUUCUCCAUCUACAAAACAAACCUUUUAAGAAAACUUUCUAAAAUCUAAAAACAUGAAGGCUCAAACACAUAAGAGUAUUCCCCUCAGACAUAACUGGAGACAAUCAAGCUUUGGUCGCAGGAGAUUACACACUUUUGAACAGUAUUGGGUUUUUUUGUGUGUAAGAAAAGUUUAGUAAUCAUAUGAUGUUAGUGAAAUUUACCAAAAAGAACAUUUAAAAUGUCAGACAUGAGCAGCAGAGGAUGUUGGUGACACGUAAAAAGCAUCCGAAGAUAUUUAAUGAUGUCUUCACAGUGAUGUGGUACAUAACAUGUUAAACAGAAUUACAAUGAAGUUCACGUUCUUAUUUAUUGUUAUUUAUUUUCAAUGUUGUUAUUUUCAUACUGGAAAAAAUGUGAAGAGAUAAUAAACGGUACUGCAUUUGA